CAAUUUAUUUUCAUAAUGAUCAAAUUGUUUGUUUUUUUAAAUGUUAAUUACUUAAUUUUUAUUUUCAGGCAUAUUGGACUGCUUGAAGAUCUAGGAAAGCUCUGGGGACAUUUGAAGGAAGGAUACGGGAGACUAAUCAGCUUCUACUGCAAGUUGUUAGUGACGAAGUUAAAGUUUCACAGCAAGUAUCAGCUUUUCCCCGGCAGCUUAGCAGUAGAGAAGGAACAGCUUCUCAAGGCUGGAAAUAAUGAUGCUGGAAGCUUCUACGAGAUGUGUAUAGAAUUUUUAGAUUACUUAGAGGACAUUUUAAACUUGGAAAAAGCUGUUUUUGAUAGUUUAGAUAUGUCUAAAGCUAACAGUAUGACUAGUUCUGGCCAAUGUAGAUUGGGACCUCUUAUAGCUUGUAUUCAGGACAGUGUACACUUGUACGAUUAUUCUGUCAAGAUAAUUUUCCUUCUUCAUCAGCAUUUACCACCAGAUACAUUGGCCGGUCAUACUUCCAGGUUUCUCAACCUUUUUAUUCGACUGAGGAAGUUUUACUACAACUGCAGUAAUCUUCAAUAUUUUAAAAACUUAGUUCAGGUACCUGGGUUACCUGACGAACCCCCGAACUUCCUUGUUGCCGCCAACCUCCGAGAUCACGUGACUCCGGUGGCGGUGGUGCCAGAGCAGACGGAGGAGCAGGAGAUGGAACAAUCCAGCACAUUCUCAGCUGUGGACGAACGUGACAGGUUGGAUCAAUACUGGGGAAAGCUAGGCGGGAUAGGUCCGGCAGUGGAUCAGGUAUUGGGACGGCAUAUUGGACUGCUUGAAGAUCUAGGAAAGCUCUGGGGACAUUUGAAGGAAGGAUACGGGAGACUAAUCAGCUUCUACUGCAAGUUGUUAGGAGAACGUGUUUGUAGGGAUGCUGAAGAUGCUCUGAAGAAGCUGGAUGGAACUGAGAUCUGUGGACGACGAGCCAGGGUAGAGAUGGCGAAAGCGAGAGAUGACAAGAAAUAUGCCUUGGAGGGAGGAAGAGGGGGUCGGGGAGGAGCUCCUGCUAUGGGCGGUAGGGGCGGAGGAAGGGAUUAUCAGGCCGGAACCAGGGGCGGACGAGAUGAAAGGGGUGGGAGGGACGACCGGGGUGGAAGAGAUUAUAGAGGAGGCAGGGACGACCGUGGUGGAAGAGAUGACCGAGGACGACAUGAUGAUCGACGUGGCGGUGGAAGGGAGAAUUACAGAGAUCGUUCAAGGGAUCACCGGGAUAAAGAUGAUUACAAAGGUAGCAGCAGGGACAGGGAUGAGAGGCAUAGCAGUUCUCGUAGCAGAGACGACUAUAGAGGUAGUAGAGACAGGGACGACAGGGAGAGGAGUCAGAGUUCUCGGAGUCGGGACGAAUAUCGUAAAGAUGAUCGUUAUGGCAGAAAUGAUCGAGAUGAUUACAGGAAUGGAGACUACAGAGGAGGGCGUGAUCUUGAAAAGGAGCAGUUUGAACGAGAACAAUUAAACGCGAUCACAAAAGCUCUCAGUAUCCUUGAGUAUCCCAUGAAAGAGAAACAUGUGAGAACUAUUAUUAUCGGAACCUUUAAACAGAGAAGCUCCACAUUCCUUUGGAAUCUGGUCUCCAGCAGUCGGAGGCAGCUCGGUCAGAUCAAUCAGCACUCCGAGACUUGGAUAAGAGGAGGUGAGCUCACAUUUACAUGCUCAGGAAGAUGGUCAGGAAGAAUCACGAUGGAUGAGAAGAGAAGGGUUGAGGGAAGUCUUUCUGAAGCCCAGGAUCGAAUAUCUUAUGAACAAUCAAAUGGAGCUAGGUUAGCUGCUGAAGUAGGAGCAGCACAGGCUGAACUAGCUGCUCUAACUGCUAUGGUUCGAGAACAGCAACAAAUGCAAGAACAGGAUAAAAACAGAGGCUUGGAGGAGAAAUUUAAUAAACUGAAGGAAGUGUAUCAGAAGCUUCGCGAAGAGCAUAUAUCUCUGCUCAGAAAGAAAGCUGAAGUAGAAAAGCAGCUUGCAAGCAGCAAUAUCUCCAGGGAGGAUGCAACGGCAGCUCGAGUUAAAAUGGAGAAAACUCUUCAGGAAGUGUUAGAAAAGAUGAGUGCAGCAAAAUCCGAGCUAUCAGAUAGUAAACAGGAGCAGGACAUUCAGAUACAUAACAUGCAGGCCAGCAUAGCUAGCUUACAGAGUAAGCUGGUCAGCACUGAGGAGGAGAAUAUAAAAAGGGAUGGAUUGAUGAGAGAGAAUGAAAGGAAGCUGUUGGAGAAGGAAGUAGAGGUUUCAGAUCUAAGAGUUAAACUCUCGGAUGCUGAGCAGAACAAGCAUAAUCUAGAAGAGGAAAUCCUUGAUUUAAGCAGUAAACUGAAAACUGUUGGUAUAUCCAGCUCCGAACUAUCAGCUCGUAUUAAUGAACUGGAGAAGAUAUCUAGUGAUGCGAGUAAUCAAAUUCUAACUCUGACAGAGGAGUCUCAAACAAACAGGAGAAAAACUGAUGAUUGUUUUGAAUCCGCUGUUGCUACAGCAACAUCAAUGUUGGAGAAUGUACGGAGUGUAGAGGAUAUUGAUAGUAUAUCUUGCUCAGUACAAACGUUAAACUGUGUGUGUACGCGUGCCUGUGAUAUGAUUAUAGAAAACUGGCCGAACCAGACAAAUCUUCAGAUAAGUGUUAUUAAUCGAUUGUGCCAUGGUCUGUGUCUAGCCUGGGGUUUAAGUCGAGGAGUUGCAAACACGUGUCCUGACUUUGAACUAUCAUCCAGUUUGAUGGAUACCGCUGACAGAGCUAGAAGCGAGGGAAUUAAGUUCUUUGGAGGUCUUAACAUAUCUUCAAACCCAGCAGUAGUACAGGAUAAUUUGGAACUAUUGAAGUCCCUGCUUGAGAUGCUUGUAGAGCAGAGCAACAAGAUCGGAAACGCUAUCGGCGAAGAAACUGAUCUAGCUGUGCUCGUGGCUCAGGAGAUUUCUGCCAUGGAUUCCGCCAUAGACGAGGCUGCGCGUAAAAUGGAAGAGCUUCUAGCAGCGAGCCGGGCAAAUGAUUCUGGUCAAAAGCUUGAAGUUAAUGAGAAGAUUAUUGAUUCCUGCACCAGCCUUGUUCAAGCAAUCAGAGAGCUCGUGAAGAAGAGUAAAAUCCUUCAGAAGGAAAUAGUUGAAGAGAGUGUAAAGGGAGGGUCAGAUAAGGAUUUCUACAGGAAGAAUUCCAGGUGGACGGAAGGUUUAAUCUCUGCAGCUAAAGCUGUCGGGCUGGGCGCAAAACUUCUGGUGGAUGCCGCGGACAAGGUUGUUCUUGGAAGUGGAAGGUUUGAAGAAAUUAUGGCAGCUAGUCAGGAUAUUGCUGCUAGCACCGCUCAGCUAGUCAUAGCCAGUAGAGUUAAGGCAAGGGAGGGGUCUACUAGCUUUGGUCAGCUGAGGGAGGCUAGCAAGGUUGUUACGCGAGCAACCGGCACCGUGGUGGCUACUGCUAAAUCUUGUGCAACGCAAUCGGAAGAGGCUGAGCUUCUUGAUUUCUCUAGUUUAUCUGCUCAUCAAACCAAGACGCUAGAGAUGGAGGCUCAGGUUCAUCUCCUCAAACUAGAGAGAGAGGUUGAAUUGGCUAGAACCAAGCUUGGAGCGCUGAGGAAAAGUUUAUAUAAGGAGUCGACUGCUUAAACUAAUUAAAUAUUAGUUAAGCUGCACUUAAGAAAUUUAGCUACAAUAGCUAGUUAAGCCGACGUUAGGUGGAUAG